AAUCAAACAUUUGGCGGAGAUGGAGAGUCCUUUUCCGUGUCCGAAGACCGUUACGGUCCGCCGGAAUCCUCACCGGAAGGCCAGGCCGACGCCGUCUUCCACAGUUCCCCUUCCAUUACCUCUAUCCUCGCCACCAAUUCCCCCCGACAUCCCUUCAUUUCCCACUCAAGACAUUCUUUCUGUUGAGCUGUCUGAAACUCAAAGACCUCGUGAAAUCGACUCGUUUUCUUCAUCUCAAAACCCUAAGAGAAAGCCUGAGUCGGAGAAUUUGAAAGUAUUUCUAAGAAUUCGUCCCCUUACUGUUUCCCAAAAUGCCCAAAAACAGAACAAAAGGGGAGGCGAGGUUGUAAAAAAUGCUUGGCCAAAAAAUCCUAAAGCCAAACACUUGCCAAAAAAUAAAGUGAAAAACAGCAAUGAGAUUUGCGUGACGGUCAAUGAUCCGCACUCUGUUACAAUUUCACCUCCUAGUAGUUUGCAGGAAAGUAAGCGCAUCAAGUCUGUGGUCUAUGAAGGAUUCUCUCACGUUUUCUCUAAUGAAUCAUCUCAGGCUGAAGUGUAUCAGAAGUUAGUGCAUCCAUUGGUUGAGGAUUUUUUGAGGGGAAAGAGUGGAAUGUUGGCCGCAUUAGGUCCAACUGGCUCGGGAAAGACGCAUACAGUUUUUGGGUGUAUUAGAGAGCCUGGUAUGGUACCUCUAGCCCUGCGUCGCAUAUUCUCAGAGGACAAAAGCAAUGGGAAUCAGGUUUCGCGGUGCCGGACCUUCUAUUUGUCGAUGUUUGAAAUCUGUUCCGAGAAAGGAAAAUCAGAACGGAUAUUUGAUUUACUGCAAGAAGAGGGUGAGAUUUCCAUACAACAAUCAGCAAUCAAGGGCCUCAACGAGGUCACUAUCAGACAUGCUGAACAAGCUGAAUCUUUAAUUGCACAUGGAUUGCUAAGACGUGCUACGGCAGCAACUAAUUCAAAUAGUCAAUCAAGUCGUUCACAAUGCAUUAUCAACAUUUGCUGCACCCCUAAUAGUAAUGAUGGGGAGUUUGAUGAUGAACCAAAAAGCACUUCCUUGACAAUUGUUGACCUUGCUGGAGCUGAAAGAGAAAAGAAGACAGGAAACCAGGGGCUUAGAAUGCUCGAGAGUAAUUUUAUCAAUAACACAUCCAUGGUUUUUGGGCUUUGCUUAAGGUCAUUAUUGGAGCAUCAGAAGAAUCCCAAAAAGCCAUUGCAAAAACACUUCCAGAACUCCUUGUUAACCAGAUACUUGAGAGAAUAUUUAGAAGGCAAGAAACGGAUGGCAUUGGUCCUAACCUUGAAACCUGGAGCAGAAGAUUAUCUUGAAACUUCAAAUCUUUUAAAGCAGGCAUCACCAUAUGCACAAAUUAAGUUUAUAGGCAUUGAAGAACCUGCAAAAAACAAAUCUACUAAGAGACCCACUCAAGUUUUGCAUGGGGCAGAACAUAGCAAGAGAAUGAAGUUUAGUUCUGUGGAAGCUUCUUCGAUCAGUAAAACAGCAGUCUUUGGAGAUCAACCACGGAUAGAAGAAACAAAGGAUGAGAAUGGAAGCUUAACAGAGGUUUUAGUUGAGAGUGAAGAACCUGUUAGUUGCAAAGUGACUGAAGGAAUAUACAUCAAACAGGACCGUAUUGAAUUGACAAAAAGGGAAAGAGAAUAUCAGAUUAUGGUGAAUUUUGCUAAAGCUUUAUGGGAUGUCCUGAAACAAUAUAAGCAAAACCUUGAGAUGGCUGAAAACGAAAUCUGCUGUCUAAGAGACAACUUAACUUGUGAAAAACGAAGAUCUUCUGAUCUAGAAAAAGAAGUUAGACAUUUGAGACUGAUAUCUUCUUUUCCUGAAGUACCUUCAGCUGGGGUCAGUAGCUCCUGUUUGGUUGGUUUAUGUACUGGAAUUGAUUCUUCUCAAGAACAGAAUUAUCAGCACAAUGAUCAGAAAGAUGAGAAGUCACGCACACAUAUUAGUAUUGCUGAAAGUUCACAGGAUUUAAAAGAUCUGGAAGCAGUAGAUAUGCAUUCGGAGGAUGAAGCAACUUCUGUUUGCAUUGCUUCGCAGGAUUGUGUUAAAGAGAGAUGUGAAGAAGCUGCUGAAACUGCUGGUCUGGGUCAACAUUUUCAACAUUUGAAGUAUGAUGAGGAAGAUCAUUCUAGUGUCAACAAUAUUAGGACUCUUAUGGAUGUGAAUAAUGUCCAGAGAGAUGAUAAAACGACAGAGACUGAAGGAACAGAUGAUUCAGAAUAUGGUAGUAGUAGUAGCUGUUUGCAGUUGUGUGUGAAAAACAAAGAAACUUGUGUUUGCUCAGUGGAGGAACCUGCAAUUUCUGCUUCACCUGUAAUAACAAGUUGUGACAACUCUUCUGCAGUUGAGAUGGACCCAUUGCCACACGAGGAGAAAGAGCUGCAUCCAUCAGCAACUGUAAUGCCUAGGGAAAAUGCAUCUUUGGUGGAAGACACUCGGGACUGCACUGCUCUGGACACUUGUUCACUUGAUAUUUCCAGUUCCAGAAAAACAGAGAAGCCGAAAAGGAGACUUCUACCAGCCUCGUCCACUUUAUUGAAGGAUAUUGGUAGUGUUGCAGUAGAGGACGACAUUGACAAGCCAAAGGGAGCUAGGGGAGAGAAAAAAGUGCCUCUGGACACGAGGAAUAAAUCAAAGGGCAGCACAUCUCUUCUUCGUUUGCUCAGGAACGAUCUGCGUCUCUAACUGCACGUGGCUUUUGUGAAAUUCUUUUUGCUGUGCAGCGGGAUAAGUAUGUCGCUUCAACGGACUUACAAGCUGAAGAGAUUCCGUUUUCCACUUAAUAUAUCACUAUAGUUCAGAAAUCAAGUCAUCAUCUAGCAGCUUUAAGAUUGUUUUUCAUUUUUCUACCCAUUACUACUCAAUUUCUAAGCUGCUGCUUAAAAAAAAAAAAAGUCUAGGCCUCUGAA